ACACUCUCCUUUUCUUUUCAUCUCUUCUUACUUGUUUGUUUUCCUCUCUGUCUUCUUGAUUCUGUUUGGGGGUUUCUGUUUGGUGAACUUGGUCUGACAUUAGCAUUCGUCUGCUUCAUUCACAUGGCAGCGACAUGGGCAUGUCCGUAUCUGUUAUUUUUUGUGGAAGCUGUCACUGGUCAGGGGGAUGCUGACUUGAGUAAACCCAGAAUUUACUGUACUUCCAGAAUUUUUAACUUUUCCACUUUAACUUUGUUUAUUCUUCUUGCUUUUUUUUACAAUGCAUUUUUAGAUUUACAGAGCUUAUUUUUCAAUAGAAUAAUGUGUUCUAUUAUUAUACACUUUUGGUGUUUUUAAUAAUAGAAUUAUUCAAUAUUUAUUUUUUGUUGCAAAUAUAUUUGUCCAUGAAUUUGGCAAUAUAUAGACAAACCAAUCAAGGGGUUUGUGACCAAAGACAGAACUCCUGAAACCAAUUUUAGUCAAUUCUGAUUUAGCUUCACGUACUGUUAUUGUCAAGAUCUAAAAUAUAUUUUGUAGCCUUCCUGGCAUUUACUAUUUUUACUAUUUGAACAAUAAAGAUCAAAUUAAAAUAGAUCUUUUGUGUUUCUCAAGCAGACAGGUGCAAAACAAUCAACACUGCAAAACUGCAAACUGACAUUGGACAAACCGGUGAGCUGAGGUUUAGAUUUCUGGUGUAGCAGCCUGAAUUAAAAGCUAACUCUGUAGAAAAUACAAAAUUAUUUUAAACAGGACAUUACACUUUUUAUUCUUCCUCAGAAUUGAAUUGACCUUUCCCAGAAUAUCAAAACUAGCAAACUGAAUAUCAGUGAUUAGCAGAAUUAACCUGGCCAAGGGUAAACGUCUGUCUCCAUGUGUACUUUCUAAAGAUUGUAAAGAAUGUACCUUGACUGUGAGAUUUCCCAAGGGUUGCUUAGUCUUCUUGUUAUUUGCUAAAGUUCGCUACAGAACAGAUUUCCUCUUCAGUAGGUGGUAGUCGUAAAUGGACUGAACCAAUAAGCCUUUAUAGUGCUCAAAGCACUUUACACUAGAGCCACAUUCACCUAUUCGCACUCAUAUUUAUACAUUGAUUCGCAGACUGAUGAUGAAACAUCACCCUGGAUGUGUACAAAUUCAUAUUCUGUGACAUACGGGUCUCUUUAGUACACCAAAAAAGUUGUAUUCUGGCAGAAUGUGUUGUAGGACCCUGAAUAAACAAGGAAAACACUGCCUCUUUAGGAAACCUUUUGAAAAAGUUUCCUAUUUCAUUUGUUUUUCUUCUGACUUAAUUUCAAAUGUUUCACUGAUAACGAAAUGGGCUUACUUUGAGUCUUUCUUCCUCCAUAAGAAUAUCCAUAUCUGAUAGUGCUUGGGUAUUUUUGUGUCUUGUGAUUGACAAGAAAGAUUUAAUUUUUAGGUUUCCAACUGGUCUUUUAAGACCAGCAUUGCACAAUUCAGGUCAACAACCAAUUUCUCAGUGCAUCGCUUGCUAAAAAUCUUACUUUUGCUUCAUCCUGUCCUUUUACCUUCAAUAGCCUCAAUCAGAGGAUUAUUUCUGCUUCAGCUUUGCUGGUAGAAAAGUGUUGAGGUGAAAAUUCUGUCCGUGCACAGACCCCAUGUCCUGUGUCCUGUGGAUCAUAAAUGUAAAUGUGGCAUUUAUGAGGACUCCUGUCUGGCUGUCAAAUCUUUGCCACAGCAAUGGCAAAGAUGACCAGAGACAGUUGUGGGGAUCCUCUCCUGGAAGAGCACAUUGGCAGCCUCCUACCUGUGGGAUGUGGAGCAGAGCCAGUCUUCAAUUUCAGCUGGUAUAAAGAGAUAGAGCCCUAUGGUAGUGGGAAUGAUGAUGAAGAUGAUAUUUAUCAUCCAGAAAAAGACACUACUGCUGUCCCUACUCGGACAUUAAUGUGGACUUCAUCUCUCCGUGACAGAUCAAAAUUAACUGAAGGCAUUAAGGUCCCAGUCAAUUCGAACAGGUCAUCUCCCAGACUGCCACCCCGUUUCACUCCCAGCCCAGAAAUAAGGCACUCCAGCUUUCAACACCUGCUUCGAAUUCACCUCAAUGCCUUCAACAAGCGCUUGAGCAUGCUAGAAGGCAACACACUAGAUAUGAAAGAAAGUAUUCGUAGUAUGGAGAACCAGCAGAGUCACCUCAACACUCAUCUGACGAAGCUUAUUGCCGUCCAUUCACUGCAAGAUAAGGACAAGAAGAUAUCCGAGCUGGAGAGAAGCUACACAGACAUGGAUACUCGACUUAAAAGACUGGAGGGACGGCUGGAGAUUUUAAUUGACGGCUUCACGGCACUCGCUCAACAGAUGAACAAGAUGAAACGUGCAAGACACACAUCCCGUCGGCUCCAAGAAAAGAGGUUUCUGCCUCCAUUCAGUACAGUCAUUGCUGUUCCGCUGUAUUCAACUCCUCAGUCUGUGAUCAGAGCUGAAUCCACUGAAUCGCCACUCGCUGUGAGAGCUACAGUGCCCCAAAGCAUACCCACUCCAAGUGUUGUUUUAACCAAACAAAGCCAUCUCGUAAUCCCUCAGAGAAACAGAAAGCUGAAAUCAGGAGUGAUCACUACUACCAAGUCCCUAGCGGUAACAAAAUCAGCCAAAAGUCAUGUCCCACCCAAGCAAACAAACAAAUUUAAGACAACCCUUGGUAAGGAGAGCAAGACUGUUCCAAAGUCUACAUUGGAAACUCCAGUAAAGCCUCAAACCAAAAGGCCAAAGGGUAGCAGGUCAUCUGUGACCGCUAAACAUAUUUCACAGCCAAGGCAAACAAAGUCCAGGAAAACUAAACAAGAGGCAGCCGUCACUAAAUUUCAACUUGAACCCCCAGCUCACAAAUCAAAGCCUUCGACGACCUCUCAGCUGCAUAAACAGUCUGGCCAAGCCAAGAAAAAGGAUUCUUUGCCGCUUAUCAAAAACAGUGGACGAGGCAAGGCUGUAAGAUCAGAUGCACCUGACCAGAAGAUGUCUAACGGCAAGAAACUCUCAGAGCCACACAAGGGAAACUCUAAGCAAAAUUACACAAUGACUAAAGAAUCUCCCAAAAAAGUCUCCACAAACACACAACGGACAAAACCUUAUGCUGUCAGAAAGACCCAAUCCUCAACAAAAAGGGCGAGUAACUCUAACAGCAAAUCUAUUUCCCUUAAAAAGUCUGACACAACAGUACGUAAUAAAGUCAGGUCUUCCAUUGUCCACAAAACAAGCAAGAAAGGAGAACCUAAGGAAAAAGCUAACUCAAAAUCUGGAGUUAUGGAUCUGCUGAAGCUCUUAAAUGGAGAUUACAAGUCUUCAAAACGAAGGAAGGAUCAAGAGGGUUCUCUUCAUAUUGUUUUAGGAAAAGUUGCUAUUCCUAUAAAAAUCAUCCCAGAUUACUAAGCAGCACUAUGUUGUGUUGAACUGUUUUCUAUUUUUAUCCAAAGCUGAAAUCCUGGACCUCAUGUUCAUGUCCUCACUCCGUGAAUAGUUAUUAAUGAAGGGGUUUUAUUUUUACCAUAUUGAUAGAGGGUCACAUGCUUAAGGUUUUAUGUAUUUUGAUACGUCCUUCAAAGGUGUACUCUCUAACAAAAUAUUGCCAUAACUGUUGCACAAAAAUAUGCUAUGAAGAAAUGGCUAAAUAUUCUGUUGUUACUGCUUGUGCCUGAUUUUUGUUCUAAGGUAGACUACCUCAGGUCUGGCACCAUUGCAUUCUUUCAUCCUCUACAUCUUCUGUCAUUCAGUUUCUGUGUGAUGUUUUGUGAGUGUUAUUUAUUGCACAAUGUGUCUUUGAGUAAAUACUUUGAUGGUCCACAUCAGGGGAUUUAAAAUUCAGGCCUUGCGGUAUGGUGUCAUGCAACUUUUAGAUGUGUCGCUGGUCCAACAUACCUUAAAUUACUAAUUACUUUUUCAUUAUGCAGUCAAGUUCCCCAGGGUCCUGCUAAUGACCUCAUUAUUUGACUCAGGUUUGUUGUAGCAUAGACAUUUCUGAAGAUUGCAGGACCCUGGCCCUUGAGGCCUGGAUAUGAAGACUACUGAUCUUGUCUAUGCUCUAGAAAAAUAAGAUUUUAACUUGUUGAAUAAGGGGUAAAAGUGAAGAGGGAACAUUUCUCUGAAAUAUUAUAAACAACAUGUUGGAGCUUUUAUUAUUCUACCUUAAUUUGUUUCUUUUUUCGAUUUAGGCAGUUGGAACCAAAAUCUUGCAGACAUUACAGGGUUUUUUUUCCACAUAGUCACAAGUUGUAGUCACUACUAAGGGUGGUGCAUAGUAAAAUGGCCAGAGUGAAAUAUUUUAAUAAACUUUGGUUGAUUUAUUUGAAGGGUUUUUUUUUAUCUAGAAAUACAGCUAGAAAUUUUUAAUAUUGGGAAAUAGCUCAAUGUUUCUUGUCAGUCAUGUUAUAUCAAUCCAUUACACAGAGUAAAAUAUUUUAUGCCGUUACUUAUUAUAAUUUUGAAGAUUAUGGCUUACAGAUAAUGAAACCCCAAAAUUAAUGUUUCAGAAAAAUAGAAUACUAAAUAGUAUCAAUAAGAAAAAGGAUGUUUUAGACAGAAAUAUCAGGCUUCUGAAAAGGUUGUUUUUCAAUGCACAUAAUAAUUGGCUGGGUCUCUUUUUGCACGAAUAAAUGUAUCAAUAAUUCACAGAUUAUCUGACUAACACAGUGGUCAUUGAACCAGCUUUUGGUACUUUUGUCAGUGUGGAAAGGUCUCAAAAUCACCACUGACUUUAGAAAUUUUACACUGGACUUAGAUCAACAAGGAUUCUGUGCUGAUUUCAUUUUCUCGAAGGAUUUGAAGACUUUUCCAUAUGCAAAAAGAGAUUUUCAAUCAAAAACUAUGUGCAUAGAAAAACAAUAUUUUCAGAAACCUGGGAUUUCUGUUAAAAAUGUAAUU